AUGCCGUCAGACACCGACAGCCCGGCGCUGCCUCCGACAGAGAUCUCGGCGGCAGCUACAUCACCUCCUAUCGCGCUUCCACCCGCAGGUCAAGAUGGUCGAGACGCACAGCGCGCCAUCGCUGGCGAGGCAGACGGCGAUGCCACCGUAGGCGCUGCUCCAAUACCCAUACCUUCGACAGAGCAGAAGCCAAACAAGCAGAUCGUCUCGCAGCGUCAUCCCUCCAACACCUUCUACCGCUCAUGCGAGAUCUCCUUUAUGGAGCCCGUCGGUUCCAUGUCCAUCAGCCCCGCCAAUCGUGAUGUCGUCCUGGCUGCACGCAAAGGUCUCUUCAUUAUCGACCUCGAGGAUCCUUUCGCACCACCACGCUUCCUGGCUCACAUGACCUUGUGGGAGGCAGUCGACAUUCAAUGGUCACCUCAUCCAGCACGGAGCAACUGGGUCGCGAGCACAUCCAACCAGAAGCUGCUCAUCUGGAACCUCGACAGGCCGGGGGAUCCACGCGCAGCACCGCCUCUCACGAGAAUGCUGCAUCGCGGCUCGAUUCAUAGCGGAACCAGCCCUCUCAUGCCCUCCAACCCGCAUUUCGCAACACAACGCAGCAGCGCCUACCAAAGCAUCUACAACAGUCAGAGUCUGCAUUCCGGCGUCACAGGAGGAACACGCAGCGGCUUUGGAGCCGUUUCGACAGGCUCACCGUAUGGCGAAACGCCGCUGUCAGGAUCGCACAUGCAACUCCCUGCGUCAGGAUCUUCGGCCAUCGAGCACGUUCUCCAUGCACAUACACGCGCCAUCACGGAUAUCAACUGGUCGCCCUUCCAUCCGGAAAUGGUCGCCUCGAGCUCGAUCGAUACGUGGACGUGGGUGUGGGAUCUGCGCAUGAGCGGCGGCUCCGAUAGUGGAGGGCGACAGAAGCCUGCCCAAGGCUACUCGGCCUGGAACGCUGCGGUGACCCAGGUCAAAUUCAAUCGCGCCAGCGAGCACAGACUCGCCUCGACGUGCGACAACAAGGUGCUCAUCUGGGACGACCGCAAGGGAUCUCUGCCGCUAGCGACGAUCGAGGCGCACGAGAACAAGAUCUACGGCAUUGACUGGAGCCGUGAUACCUCGCUCGGACUGGAUCGCCUCAUCACGUGCUCGCUCGAUCGGACGGUCAAGUUCUGGAACCUCGCCUCGGACACUUCGCAGGCAGCUAUCGGCGCGAGGGAGCUCGUGACGGAAGCAGAGUCGGUGAUCGAGACCAAGACGCCCAUCUGGCGAGCACGUCACUUGCCGUUUGGUAAUGGCGUCAUGACUCUCCCCCAGCGUGGAGAUACGACACUCAGCAUGUGGGCGAAAGACGACCCCAGUGAACCGAAAGGAACGUUCGCUGGUCACACGGAUAUCGUGAAAGAAUAUCUGUUCCGCACCAAAGGCGGGCAGGAUAAGGGCAACGACGACCGCCAGUUCCAGCUCAUUACCUGGUCGAAAGAUCAGACGCUGCGGCUGUGGCCGGUCAGCGACGAGCAGGUGCGCAAGGUGGGGCAUAAGCCAGGUGGUCCGAUCCGCGUUCUGCUCACGCGAGCCAAUGCGCCGGACAUCUCUUACCGCGAUCCGCCACUCGCGGUUCCACGAGACGCCGACGAGGCGGCGAUGCUCGCCAGCCAGGCGUCUGGAUCCAACAUCACAAGCUCGUCCAUCCUCCCACCAGAGCACGCCACACGGUCGCUCCUGAGCGGCAAGGGUAGCGGAAGUCGAAUUCAGGCCCCUUCGCCGUACAGCUCCUCCGCAUCGGGCUUCCAGAAUCUGGUACGCGACGGCAAGACAAGCCCAUUCGCUGCCUUUGGCACCAGCGCAAGUGGACGCCGGAUGAGCCUCAACCACAGCUCGAGCCAUGGCGAUCUUUCGUCGGAUCUCAAAGGGCUUUCGAGAAGCCCAAUGGAGACGUUUGGUAGGUCGUGGGGUCGCGGUGAUCGGCAGGCGGCAGACAAUGGGUUCGGCCGUGGUCACGGCGGGCAGUUGGCACGCUCGUUGCCUAAACAGGCGGGUGAGGACCUUGCAAGUCGAUUCGGGGCUUCGCAUCACAGCUCGAAGCACAUUGGAGCAGGAACAUCCCAGCACAGUGGUGGACAGUCGUCUUUCAAAGUCCCUGCAAACCUUCGGGGCAAGUCAACAGGGUCCACCAGUGCGAUCAAGCAGAGAACACUCAAUCCAUCUCGACCAUCAGGACGACCGCUGCCGAUUCAAGAAGAGCAACGCAGCGGCGCCGUCAAGUCAUCGAGAAAGCCAUCCGAACGCAAAGACAAGGAUCGCGCAGGGCGCAAGGAGGAGAGGCGCAAGAUCGCCAAAGCCUCCGAUCCGCGCACGAUCAAGAAGGCUGUCGGCGCGGCGAUGCGUCUUGACCGCGGUCGUACCGCCGCCCCAGCCGUUGACCCCAUCGAGUGGAUCGCCAACGUGCGUCUCGAGAAAGAGCCUGAUCACGAGCCUCUCUCCGACGCAGGCGGCGAAUCGGACGCCUUCGCUCCACCCCCCACACGUGGCGUCGCAUUCAACCGAGGCCUCACCACGGAGGACGAUACGGACGCCGAGGCUGGCUACACCGCCCAAGGCCUCGGCGACGAGAUCAUCGGCAUCAAUCGCAAACUCCCCCGCAUCGUCUUCGAGCGAGUCGAGUUGACAGGCCGCAUGUGCGUGCUGACCAUGUACGGACCGUGGGCGGAUCAUGAGCCUGCGUUCUUGCGGAUCAAGAUCAAGUUCCCCCCCACCUACCCUCGACGCGCGCCGCACUUUGAUCUGGAGAGGAGCGCCAAUAUCAGUCUCAAGACCCGGACGUAUCUGCUGCGCGGGCUGGCAAGGCUGUCGAGCAAGAGCGCAAAGGCGGGGAGGCCGUGUCUGGAGGUGUGUGCGCGGUUCUUGAUCGGAGAGCCGGUGAAGCUGCUGGAUGAAGAUGAGAGGGAUGAGGCGGAGGGUGAGGGGGAGGGAACGACGAGCAGGGGUGGAGGCUCGAUGGCGUCCGAUUCGGACUCGGAGCAUGGACUCAUAUCGUUCCGCCCCGCUCGCCAGGCAGCUGGGGCGGAUACAGUGAAGCUCAAGAUGCCAGCGAGGAGGAUGGGUGCGACCUUCGGUCCGAACAACGAACUGGUCGUCUUUGGGGGAUCGCUCAACCAUUAUGCCCAAUCGCAGCAAUCAUCCCGCCAGCCAUCGCGACAGGCAUCACGCCAAGCCUCCCGCUCAGCAUCACAGGCCCCCGACACCCCAGCCAGGGUCAAAGCGCUCUCCCGUGCCCAGUCCCGCUCGCGCCCUGCCGACAACGAUGCCAAAAGCGAGUACGGCGGGGAAGAAUCCCGUUUCCUCCGCUCCUACACGGCUCUAUCGAACGCCAUGUCCUCCCUGGCCCGCUACUCGCGCAACGCUUCUCAGGGCGUAACCACCGGCUACUCGGUGCGCGACUCGGACGUGGUCCAGCUCAUGAGCACCGACUUUUUCGCCCGCCGCCUGCUGCGCAAGAAGGACUUCUUCGAUGUUUUCGCCGACACCGCCGAUAGGGUGGGAGGAGCAGCGACGCCCAUGGGAAAGGACGCGUUUGUCGCGAGACAGAAGGCAGCGCCGUCAAGGUUUUACAGUGGGAGCGGAGCGAGUACGCCAGGUGCUACGAGAGGCAGGGGCGUCGCUGAGGAAGGAGAGGCGUCGGAGGAUGAGAGGAGGUUCGCAGCGCAUCAUGCGGAUUUGUUGGGCUCACUACCAGCACCGGCGGCAUUGUUGGCCAUUGACAAGCUGAAGGAAACGCAGAGGAGGAGGCAGAUGGGGCUCGUCACGAUUUAUCGAUUCGUGAGUGCCGAGGUGAAGAGCGAUGAGGAGCAAGGUGACGCGAUAGCGCAGCAACAGGAGUAA